AUGAUCGAGAGCCAUGCCGCAUCUAUGAGAGGCGACGAUCCUGGUCUUGAUUUAUUGCGAAAAGGCAUAGUGAGCCUGUCUACCACCUUCUUCGGUAGCCAGCAUCGACAGGGCAAUAUCACGACCAAAGGCUAUCAAAAGUAUGGUCAGGUGUUGCGGCAGCUCAAUUUACAUCUUGCUCGUACAGAGCUUCAGACAACGAACGAAACAUUACUUACGUCGCUGUCUUGUAUGCUUCUCGAGAUCUUCUUACCUACUGGACCAACGAACUUUCUGAAACAUCUGCGAGGUCUCGACGCCAUUGCAAUGCUACGAGGCCCGCCCAAUGAGUCUGAAGGCAUCAACGCUAUCAUCUUUCGGGGCUUGCGCAUUCUUUCGAUCGUUGGAGCACUUGCGGAAUCCAGGCCCUCUAUAUACGCUACCGAGGAAUGGAAGCGAAUUCCGUCUGCACAUUCCAACGAGUCGGGUCUCUUCCAACACCACGUUUUCUCCAUCUUGGCUGACUGCACCCGCCUCAUCAGCCAGCGGAAUGCUCUACUGCGCUCAAAAGCAUGUCCAGAGAGCUUUGAAUCUUUGCUUACCGAAGUGGAGGAUGUGCUUAACAACUUGGAAGCGCUACGUCCAUUCUGGGAUGUCUUGAACCGGAAUCAACUAGCGGAAACGACUGAGCGAUCUGACAUGGCGAAGAUACUGGGAGUGGCCAACCAUGUUUCUGCAACAGCAUUGAUGCUUUACAACACCGCAUACAUAUGCGUCAUUCAGAUCAAAGAUUCCUUAUCUCCAUCGCCUGUCAACACCGCACUGCGAAACGCCGCCGCGAUGAAAAUCGCCAAAUGCCUGGAGUUGAAAGAGUACGAGCAGCGGGAAGCUAUCAAGGUAGCCUGGCAAGCUUUGGGUGGGUUCAACUCGCCGGAAGGGAAGCGCUUAGCACAUACUGUCAAGUCUGCCACCAAUUCCGUCUUUGCACGAGGAUCUACGCUUUCUGAUGCGUCGCACUUUGCCCAUCAUGUUGAAGAGUCGCUAUUCUCCAAAUUCCUUGGGAGGAUACCUCUUAUAGCACCGGAUGGCGCAGCGUGUGUUGGCAACGAAUUCGGCUUGUGGCCUGAUGGGCCUCCAGGGGUCAUCGAAUUCAGCAUGCAACAGCUAAGCACGCCCUCCGAGUUCUUUUCAGAGACCACGAUCGCGCCGCUCUGA